GCAAUGGCCAACUAACGCCAGAAGAUGGCGCUAGCUAAUCAACUGAUGCAAGCUGCUGUUUAGAGAAGUGUCCCAUGUCAGGCAGGGCGUGUUACUGUCUCAGCUCUAGCUAGCAGUUUCUUGUCAGACGGGGACCAGGCCAAAUAGUCGUCUUUUCAACACUCGGUGGACUCAUGUUUAAUCUAUAGUAGAUAUGGAUUUCGACGCUUUAUUCAACGAAAAGACAUUUCAGUUUUCGGACUUCCAGGAGUUUACGUUUCUUCCUGGACACCAGAAGUUGAGUGAACGAGUGAGAAAGCGACUGUAUUAUGGCCUGGACAAAGACCUUUCUUUAGAUGGCCUCUCUUGCCCUGUUACAGACAUCGCUGUUGAAAUCUUCCAGAAGUCUGCCCCAAGCCCAAUACGAAAGCUUCAGAAGAAGUAUGCUGCUCAUGUUUCCAGGGAGGCCUGCAUUUCACCAUGUGCCAUGAUGCUGGCUCUAGUUUACAUAGAGAGGCUCCGACAUAGAAACCCUGAAUACCUACAAAAGAUCUCCUCCUCUGACCUCUUCCUGAUCUCCAUGAUGGUUGCUAGCAAGUACCUGUACGAUGAAGGGGAGGAAGAAGAGGUUUUCAACGAUGAGUGGGGAGCGGCUGGGAAGUUGGACGUCAAAACUGUCAAUAACCUGGAGAUGAACUUCUUGAAUGCCAUUGAGUGGAGCCUCUUCACAGAGCCAAAUGACUUAUUUGAUCUACUAAGUCAACUGGAAACCAGCAUUGCAGAGCGUCAGGGGAUGAAGCGUGGCUGGUUCACCUACACUGACCUCUGUGUGCUACUGGAGCAAUCUGCAUGGAGUCAGGCCCUCACAGCCAUCUAUCAGCACUUUACCAAGGUUUCAUGUAUGCUCGGCCUCGUCUAUCUCACCAGUGUGGCUGGCCUCAUCGCCACCAGCGCUGUGCUGCACCAGCUCAGUCUCUCUCAGAGCAGCCAGUCCCUGCUUCUACCUAACGCUGAGAUUAGUCCGGACCUCUCCAACCGAAAUUCAGAAGCUCCUCAUCCAGCCCUGCACCUCCCCCCCUGUGUUCUGGCCAACAACAGUCUGAACCCUCAGGCCGGUGCAAUUGAAAUCAGCCAGGACCACGGACAAAGCCCCCCCUCGGUAUCCUCACAGACAUCAAUAUUGUGUCUCUGGGGCUCCAUGCUUGCCUCAAUGGGUCACAUACAUCCUGAAACAGAUUCUGAUAUGGAAGCUCCCCAAAUCUGGUCUCCUGUCUCCUUCUUCUGUCCUGGUUGUCUUGCAUCCCUCCGUCCUCUUCAGUGUGGGCUUAGAAACACCUCAACACUCUUCGCUCACGGCUCUUUUGAUAACCAUCAUGCAACAUGGCUGGCCUCCAGCCUCCUUGGAUGGCCAGAACCGGGUCUAAACUCUCGCUACACUCCGCCUAUACAACUGGGAUCCUGCCAUCCGGAGUCUAUGUUGCCUGUCGACAAGGCCCAAGCUCUGCUCAUGCCCGGUUAGUCACCGGCAAACUCCACUCCCGUCAAGCUGUGGUAAUGGACUCUGGAAAUUAAACCAACACUGAUUUCAUGACUCAUGACAACUGCCUCAAAACAUGUUACUUUUCCAGAUCUAGAAUACAGGUGCAAAGGCCAGAGUAAUUAGCAACAGACAGAGGAGAUUUCGAAAAUUCACUUAUAGCUCAGCACUGCAGAAUAAAUUUGCCACAAGUAAAAUGCCAUAGUGUCUGUUGCUCUGCGACUUGUUUUAAACAAAGAAUUGGAAGCUGGUUUGUUUUUCUUGGCUGCAACCCAAAUGUUUUGCUACCCACAUUUAUCAUUGUUUGAGAGUUCAGACUGGGAUGUAGGGCCUUGUGUGAUGCGUUUUGAGUUACUACAUUACAGCUGUAAUAUUAAAGCUGCUUGCUACUUGGCAAGUUGAUGAAA